AUGGAUUAUUGUUAUUAUGGUAAACAACAAGGACCUCAUAAGAGGAGGAGGGGGAUUUGCAUGAUAAACCUGCUCUCCGAUGACUGCUUGUUUCUGGUUUUCGAAAAACUAGACAGCAAAGCCGAUCGUGAUUCUUUUGGCUUGACCUGUCACCGUUAUCUUGAUAUUCAAAAUUCAAGUCGUAAAUGCUUGAGAACUAGUAAUAAAUGUAUAUCAUCCUCUAUGAUUGCUAAAUUGCUUGACCGUUUUACCCAGUUACAAUCUCUGACUGUGUCCACCCGUUGUCCCGACUUUUCAAAUUCUAUCAUAACCAAAUUGCCAAUACACGGUUCUCGCCUGCACUCUCUUGAUCUUUCUAACUCUUUGAAUGUCUCCCGCUUCGAUCUUUCUUACUGUUCCAUUAUAAACGAUGCUGUCGUUGCAUCCGUUGCUUCUAGUUGUCCUAGCCUGUCUACUAUCCGUCUUCGUCACUCUUGUGUUACUGAUGAAGGAAUCAAAUACUUGGCGACAAAAUUGGGGCGUUCCCUCAAACGGGUGGAUAUUCUUGGGUGCUCUCAAAUCACUGACCUUGGGAUUUCUCACCUCAACCGCAACUGUCGUCAACUUACAGUUCUCAGAAUCACUGGAUGCAGUAAAAUCGUUGGUGCAAGCAUCCUUGGGUUACCUCCAACGUUGGUUGCUUUGCAUGCUAAAGAGUGUGCGUUUGAUGCCACACUUGUUUCUGGAGCACUUGUAAGAAGCGGAGGUUGUUCUCUCGAGUAUCUAGAUGUUUCUUAUCCUUGGUACAAACAUGAACUCGCAAGCCUUGCUUUUGGAUUUCCAGCAACUCUUAAAGUCCUCAAUCUCCAGUGUUGCAACCUAGUCAUGGAUGCCGAUAUAAUCAACAUCUCAAAAGGUUGUCCGUUGUUACAAGAGUGGAACUUAACAGGUUGUGGUAGGAUUACGUUUCUCGGAUGGAAGUCAAUCGCAUCACAUUGUCAAAAUCUGGAAACACUUCACGUCAACUAUUGCCAAGGAUUAAGAGACGAAUCGUUGUUAGAUUUGGGUAAGGGUUGCAGCCGCUUAACCUUGAUAUACUUGGCAACCCGUUACAUUGGAAUCAGAGGAUUUCGAUCUUUUAAGAAACAAAGACCGGAUGUGAAGAUCAUACAAAGUUGGCCUUCGAUACCUGUUCGCACUUCUUCUCGAUAUAUAUGA